AAUCUCUUCUCCCUGGAUGUGAAUGGGUGCACUGGUAGCCCCGCCCACCUCGGAUGUGACGCCAGCCAAUGGGAGCGCGCCGUUGAGGCCGCGUCAUCAGCAGCAGCCGUCCGGCUCCUCCGCGGCUCGUUUCUGUGAGACCGAGCCGCCGCUUCAACUCUUUACCGGAGAGAUUACGGGAGUCAAACCGUCCGGUCGGCUUCGUGUGAAGCGGAGCGCGCGCUGCGGAGCAGAGCCGCUCGUUUUCCCGGGAGGAACCGGAGAGACUUCACUUCCAACCGGCGCUGACGCCACUUUGAAGCCGCCGCUUAGCUAACAGGCUAACUGGGAUUGUUUGCAGACAUUAGCCAGCCCGUUAGCUCGCUAGCUAGCUCAAGCGGAUGGAGUAAUUCUGCUGUCUUUAUGAACCGAACCGUCAUCAUUGUUUUAGUCGUUCAGCUCGCGCGUGAGCAGCCCGGGGGAGCGCCUCGGAGCGGGUGUGCUGGCUGCUGGUUAUCCAGAGCCCGCUGUGGUUGCUCGUUCCCCGGGGGGACCGGAGUGAAACUAGGCAACAAGUCCGGUUCGACACUUAGUUCAGCGUCACUCCAGAAGUUUGCGACGCGCUCUCUUGGUGCCAUGUCGUCGGUCUCCAUGUGGUCCUAGUGAGCGGAACCCCGCGGGGCGGAGCCGCGUGUGAGUGGACCGAGUCCCGCUGCGGAGGAGCAGCUGCUGUCGGCGAGCAGCGCGCGUCGCCCACAUGCUGGGGAUCAGAUCCCGGGCUCGUGAACGGCGUCUGGAGCGGGAGGUGAGCGCGCAGCAGCCCGCGGGAAGAUGGCGGCGCGCUCCCGCAGGACGCGGUGAGGACGCGACGGAGAGACUUCUCGGAUUCAUCGCCAGGCAUCUGACCUCAGAUCGGAGGACACAUGCAGGCCAAAAAACGGUACUUAACGUUGUUCUCCGCCGGCGCGUGCCUCAUCCUGCUGUUCUGUUUCGGGGGGAUUCAAGUGCCUCUGGCGCGGGGUCCCAGCCGGCGCGAUGACCGCAGCCUCGCCGGCCACCGGCCCGGGGCGCGCUGGCGGCCCUUCCCGGGGUCCCUGCAGCCUUUCAGCCCCCGGGAGCAGGACCACCCCGACGAGCACCUCUCCCCGAGGCAGCAGCGGGAGGCCGGCCGGGGCGCGCGCAGCGGGGCGCGCUGCCGCAUGGAGUCCUGCUUCGACUUCUCCCUGUGCAGGAGGACCGGGUUCAAGGUGUUCGUCUACCCGCUGCAGAAAGGGGAGAAGAUGUCCGACAGUUACCAGAACAUCUUGUCCUCCAUUGAGGGGUCCGUGUUCUACACGCCCGACCCGGCUCAGGCGUGCCUGUUCGUGCUGAGUCUGGACACUCUGGACCGGGACGCGCUGUCCCCCCAGUAUGUGCACAACCUGAAGGUGAAGGUCCAGAGCCUCCAGCUGUGGAACGAGGGCAGAAACCACAUCAUCUUCAACCUGUACUCGGGCACCUGGCCGGACUACACAGAGGACCUGGGCUUCGACAUCGGCCUCGCCAUGCUGGCCAAGGCCAGCAUCAGCACGGAGAACUUCAGGCCCGGCUUCGACGUGUCCAUCCCCCUGUUCUCUAAAGAACACCCCCGGACGGGAGGGGAGCGCGGCUACCUGAAGCACAACACCAUCCCCCCCUACAGGAAGUACAUGCUCGUGUUUAAGGGGAAGAGGUACCUCACCGGCAUCGGGUCGGACACCAGGAACGCUUUAUACCACGUCCAUAACGCUGAGGACGUGGUGCUGCUCACCACCUGUAAGCACGGGAAGGACUGGCAGCGGCACCGAGACGCCCGCUGCGACCGAGACAACGCAGAGUACGACAAGUACGACUACAGAGAGAUGCUCUACAACUCCACCUUCUGCCUGGUGCCGCGAGGGCGGCGGCUGGGCUCCUUCCGCUUCCUGGAGGCGCUGCAGGUCAGUGCCGCACAGGACGCUCUGGAGGGCAGAAGCACGUGGUGGUGGUGGUUGUUGUUGUUGUCUCAGGAACACAUCGUGAGCAGCUGGUCACUGUGCCCCUCCUCCUGUCUGCAGAUCCUCCAGGACCGCGUCCUGCAGCACACCUCCAGGAGCAGCCUCAUGUGGAACAGCCUGCCCGGAGGCCUGUUCACGCUGCCGCAGUACUCCACCUACCUGGGGGACUUCCCCUUCUACUACCUGAGGCUGGGUUCAGUCACAUAUACCAAGUUCACACGCCACUGCUCACGCAGAGCCCUGGUGUCCCAGUCCCAGCCGGUCAUGAAGCUCCUCGUGGCCGUGGCCAGGUCCCAGUACUGUGCUCAGGUCAUCGUCCUCUGGAACUGUGACAAGCCUCUUCCUGCCAAGCACCGCUGGCCCGUCACCUCGGUGCCCAUCAUUGUUAUCGAAGGAGAGAGCAAGGUGAUCAGCAGUCGCUUCCUGCCCUACGACACCAUCCCCACGGACGCCGUGCUGGGCCUGGACGAGGACACGGUGCUGUCCACCGCGGAGGUGGACUUCGCCUUCACGGUGUGGCUGAGCUUCCCGGACCGGAUCGUCGGCUACCCGGCCCGGAGCCACUUCUGGGACGGCGGCAAGGAGCGCUGGGGCUACACGUCCAAGUGGACCAACGACUACUCCAUGGUGCUGACCGGCGCCGCCAUCUACCACAAAUACUACCACUACCUGUACACCACCUACCUGCCGGCCAGUCUGAAGGCCAUGGUGGACCAGAUGUCCAACUGCGAGGACAUCCUGAUGAACUUCCUGGUGGCCGCCGUGUCUAAACUCCCGCCCAUCAAGGUCACCCAGAAGAAACAGUACAAGGAGCCCAUGAUGGGACAGAGCGCCCGGGCGUCCCGGUGGGCUGACCCGGACCACUUCUCCCAGCGUCAGACGUGCAUGAACCGGUUUGCCAGCUGGUUUGGCUCCAUGCCGCUGGUCCACUCCCAGAUGAGGCUGGACCCGGUUCUGUUCCGGGACCAGGUGUCCAUCCUGAGGAAGAAGUACAGGGACAUCGAGCGCCUAUAACCUCCACCGACCCCCAGCCCUCUGGACGCGGGGGGGCGGGGCGUCGCCGUGGCUACGAGGCGCAUCAGUUGAGAAGCAAAUGGGCCCCAUGCGGAGAGGGGGAACCGGACCCGGUGGGGAGGCUUCUCCUUCCUACCCUUCUCUUGUGUGUAGGGGGGGAGCCGGGCCACAGUGGCCCCGCUACAGGCGCCAUGAGGAC